AGCUGAGGGCGGCUGUGGCGACGCGAGUGCUCGUCCGCUUGCAUCGCGCUCGGCCCCGGCUCCCGGCUCUCGGCCCGCGGCGCCCCCCGACCCUGCGCCCCCGCCCGCAGAGGACCGGCCAUGUCGCCGCGGCGCAGCAUCGUGGAGGUGAAAGUGCUGGACGUGCAGAAGCGGCGAGUGCCCAACAAGCAUUAUGUCUACAUCAUCCGUGUCACAUGGUCCAGUGGCUCCACAGAGGCCAUUUACCGGCGCUACAGCAAGUUCUUUGACCUGCAGAUGCAAAUGUUGGACAAAUUUCCCAUGGAAGGAGGACAGAAGGACCCUAAACAGCGAAUCAUUCCCUUUCUGCCAGGGAAAAUCCUUUUCCGACGAAGCCACAUCCGGGACGUGGCUGUCAAACGCCUGAUACCAAUUGAUGAAUACUGUAAGGCCCUGAUCCAGCUGCCGCCCUAUAUCUCUCAGUGUGAGGAGGUGCUACAGUUCUUUGAGACAAGACCUGAGGACCUGAAUCCCCCCAAAGAGGAACACAUUGGGAAAAAGAAAUCUGGUGGUGACCUGGCCUCUGUGGACCCCAUGGUCCUAGAGCAGUAUGUGGUGGUUGCAGACUACCAGAAGCAAGAGAGCUCGGAGAUCAGCCUCAGUGUGGGACAGGUGGUAGACAUCAUCGAAAAAAAUGAGUCAGGUUGGUGGUUCGUCAGUACUGCAGAGGAGCAAGGCUGGGUCCCUGCAACCUGCCUUGAGGGGCAGGACGGUGUCCAGGAUGAGUUUUCUCUACAGCCUGAAGAAGAGGAGAAGUACACAGUCAUCUACCCAUACACAGCUCGUGACCAGGAUGAGAUGAACCUGGAGAGAGGGGCCAUGGUGGAGGUCAUCCAGAAAAACCUGGAAGGCUGGUGGAAGAUCAGGUACCAGGGUAAGGAAGGCUGGGCCCCUGCCUCCUACCUAAAGAAGAGCAGUGGGGAGCCCUUACUUCCGAAGCUGGGCCCUGGCUUACCUGCCCACUCAGGCGCCCUUGACCUGGAUGGUGUUGCCCGGCAGCAGAAUGCAGUGGGCAGGGAGAAGGAGCUGCUCAACAACCAGAGGGAUGGCCGGACUGAAGGCCGCCCAUUGCACGAGGGCGACAUUAAGCAGAGAUCACCCAAGAUGAGGCAGAGACCUCCUCCUCGUCGCGAUAUGACCAUCCCUCGAGGUCUCAACCUGCCAAAGCCUCCCAUCCCACCACAAGUGGAAGAAGAGUAUUACACCAUUGCCGAGUUCCAGACUACCAUCCCAGAUGGCAUCAGCUUCCAGGCCGGUCUGAAGGUUGAGGUGAUCGAGAAGAACUUGAGUGGCUGGUGGUACAUUCAGAUUGACGAUAAGGAGGGAUGGGCUCCGGCAACCUUCAUUGACAAGUAUAAGAAGACCAGCAGUGCCUCAAGACCUAAUUUUCUGGCUCCCCUGCCCCACGAGGUGACUCAGCUCCGACUCAGAGACACAGCAGCAAUGGAGAACAAUAUAGGCAGUGAAACUGUGGGUCCCUCUCGGCCCCUGCCCAGUGCACCUCAUGGUGCCAUGGAUUCAGGGAUGCCGUGGUCCAAAGAUUGGAAAUGUGGGAAGGAGGCCCUAAGGAAGGCAUCUUCAGACACAUCUGCAUCAGCAGGCUAUGAGGAGAUCUCAGACCCUGACCUGGAAGAGAAGCCCAGCCUACCCCCAAGGAAAGAAUCUAUCAUCAAGUCUGAAGGAGAGCUGCUGGAGAGGGAGCGGCAGAGGAUGGAGCAGCUCCGGGGCUCUUCAACCAAGUCUCCUGGCAUGAUUUUGCCAAUGAUUCCAAGUAAACAUGCACCCCCUGCCCGGGAUAACAGGAGGCCCGAGCCCAAACCUGACAAAAGCAAAUUGUUUCAACUCAAAAAUGACAUGGGGCUGGAGUGUGCCCACAAAGUAUUGGCAAAGGAAGUGAAGAAGCCCAAUCUCCGGCCCGUCUCCAAAUCCAAAACUGAGCCACUGGAGGAUAAGCCAGAAGCCAUUCCCCAGAAUCCAUUCUUGAAGUCUAAACCUCAAGUUAGGCCAAAACCAGCUCCAUCUCCCCGGACAGAGCCACCUCAGGGCGAAGAUCAAGUGGACAUCUGCAACCUCAGAAGUAAGCUCAGGCCUGCCAAGUCCCAAGAGAAAUCCUUGUUGGAUGGGGAGGGCCACCAGGCUGUUGGAGGCCAAGACAUGGCCUUCAGCCGAAGUUUCCUCCCAGGGGAGGGACCUAGCCGUGCCCAGGACAGGUCUGGCAGACAGGAUGGGCUCAGCCCAAAGGAAACAUCCAGUAGACCUCCUCCAAAGGCAGCCAAGGCCACAGAGGCUGGACCUAAAAGUGUACCCGUCCCUCUCCAAGACUGUACCCAUCAGAGACCUGUGGUCCCACCUCGAAGACCACCGCCCCCUAAGAAAACCUCAUCAUCCAGGCCCCUCCCAGAGAUCAGAGGGCCACCACAUGAAGCCGGUGAAAUCAGGGUAGUUCCUGCCCCAGGCCGUGCCCUCCUCGUCCCUCCCAAAGCCAAACCUUUUCUCUCCAACUCUUCUAGGGGCCAAGAUGACGUGCAAGGCAAAGGUGGGCUAGGGCCACGGGUAGCCGGCAAGAUGGGAGAAAACAGGGAGAAAGCAACCACAAGCUCCUUCCCCAAUGCCGAUGGCCCAAAAGACUCUUUGUAUGUGGCUGUAGCCAAUUUUGAAGGAGAUGAAGAUACGAGCAGCUUCCAGGAAGGGACGGUAUUUGAAGUCCGGGAAAAGAAUACCAGCGGCUGGUGGUUCUGCCAGGUCCUUAGCGGGGCCCCUUCAUGGGAAGGCUGGAUUCCUUCCAACUAUCUCAGAAAGAAGCCAUAGCCUCCUGCCUUCCUGCCAGGAGGUCCUGCUGAUCCCUGCUAGCUUUCCCUGUGUAUUUAAUGUGCAUCCUAAUUUAUCAGUUUCCAUGCAGUUUCAAAAAAGGAAGCUACUGGAGUGCUAUUUUCUUCCCUCCUUGAGUGGAGAGUGAGUGGCUAAGAUAUCAGGAGCCCUGGGGUCUAAGCCUCCCAUCACAGAAUUCCUGGAGCUCCAAAACCACAGCCCUUGCCAAAUAGAAAUCCAUAUCAGCAUCUCUUCCUUAAGAAAACUCCUCUUGGGCCAGGGAUUUAGCUCAAUGGUUUCGUUGCUUGCCUUGCAAGCACAAGGACCUGAGUUCGAUCCCUGGUACCAAAAAAAAAAAAAAAA